AUGAAUUCUUUACUGACCGUUAAAAGCAACGUUGAAGAACCUGUUACUUCUGAUGGAAAAGUCAACUCACCUGAUGCAACUAACGGGUCCGUCAAUAAACCUGACACCUUUAACGGAAACUCCACAGUGCCCGAUUCUUUUAAAGUAGUACGUGAUAAUGAAAAUAUGGUGUCUCUUUUAUUCGUGGAAAAUAAAUCAUUCUUUGUUGAUUCUUGGGAAUUUGUAUGUAAAAUCGAAGAACUUUCCGUUGUUCCAUUGCCAAAAGAGAAUCCAAUUCGCGACGAGCUAGUAACGCGGGGAAGAAAAUUCGCGAAAUACGCAAUCGGUUCGCAUUAUCUUCAUUACAACAGCAAUUUAUUUCGCGUUACCUUCUGGGGUUACGUCCUUUUUAAAGCCGAGGGCCGCGUUAUGAUUGAUACCGUCUCAUUCACCAAAACCAAACCAAGUUACAAUAAGGAUACCGUAAAGAGUGUUGUUAAUAAUGCACAUAAUAAUCAAAAUAAUCUUUGUGGCGAAAAAAUGGAGUCAAAUAUACGCAGAACAUUUAGAAGAUGUAAAAUUGAUGACGAUGUAUUCAAUCAACUUGUCAUGGAUCCAAUCAAAAAAGAACUGAUUGUCAGUCUUGUUACGUCAAAAUAUAAAGGAGUGGAUCUUAUCAGCGGUAAAGUUGGGAAAACGUUAACCGCAGAAGCAAUUUCCGAGUUUCUUCAACGACCAUUAUAUGCUGUUAGUGUUGGAGAAUUAGGGACAAAUAUUGUUUAUUUAGAAGCUAAAUUGAGCGAAAUUCUUGAGAUGGCGAGUGUUUGGAAUGCCGUCAUUUUAAUCGAUGAAGCCGAUAUAUUCCUUGAACGUCGAAGUGAAGAUGACAUCAAGCGCAAUGCUCUAGUUAGAAUAUUCUUAAGGUUACUCGAAUACCAUCAAGGAAUUUUGUACUUGACAACAAGUCGAGUAAAUUGCUUUGAUACCGCUUUCAUAUCUCGUAUUUCGGUUGCCUUGAAAUAUAAUGAACUGGAUGCUGAUGCACGCGAACAAUUAUGUAGUACAUUUUGGGAUCGCAUUGAAGGAAAAGGCAAAACACAGGUGAAUAUUGAUUAUUUGAAAGGAAGGCCUCUAAAUGGAAGAGAAAUUAAGACGGCUGUAAGAUUAGCAAAGGCAUUAAGUACGAAAGAUAAUCCUGAUGCAUUAAUCACUACACAACAUUGGAAGCAAUUAUCGAUAUUUCAAAAUCUUUUACUGAGGAGAUCUUUAUUUAGUAAACUUAUAAAGAAGAAAUAUUUAAUGAGUUUAUUCAUACUUUGA